AUGUUGACGCACGCUGGCAGAUCUCGCUUGACAAUUGAAGCUUGCGAUGCCGUGGUGACCUGCUGCGCGGCCUCGGGCCCGUGGCAGGGAUCACUCGAAAUACUUCGCCUUGCAAGAUCCCUGGCUUUGCAGCAUUCCCUGGUCACUGCCGGGAAUCUGAUCAAAGUGACCGGCUCACCACCAGGCUUAUGGUGCAAUGCCGGGCUGCAGCUCUCCCGGAUGCGCCAAUUGGGCAUGAGCCCUACCAUUAGACACCACAACACUGUUUUGAGCUGUGGGCUCAUGUGGUCUGCGGCACUUGGCAUUUUGAAAUCAGUUCUGGAUGACGCGCUGGAGCCCACCGAGUUCACGAGCAGCUUGCUCAUGAAAAAGCUAGAGGCAAAUUGGCCUGCAGCCAUCAGCACCUUCCUUUCAAUUCAACGCCUGCGUGUGCAACAUGAUGCCAUCAGCGGAAAUGCAGCUUUGAAAGCUGCAAGUCGCCAUCGCAGAGUGUCACAGGAUUUCGUACGCCACCUCAUUGGCGCAGGAGUUCCUAUCGACUCUGCGACAUGCAGCUCUGCUGCACCGGCUCUGGAAUCAGAACAGGUCUUGGAUUUGCUGAAAGGCGUGCGGGCGUUGUCUCAGGAGCCCGAUAUUGGAGCCUACACAUCGGCCUUGACUGUUUUGGAUAAUGACGGCCGCUGGGAGGCAGCUCUGGUCUUCUUGCAGUCCAUGGUGUUGGAUGGGAUCCAGGUUCAUGUCAAAACGCAUGCUGCUGCUCAGAGUGCCUGUGAGCGAUGCCAGCAAUGGAUGGAAGUGGUGCACCUCGUGCGUGCCUUGAAAACUUCAAGCGUGCAGCUAGAUCUGGUGGUGCAGUCUGCUGCAGUGUCUGCCCCACAAGGAGAUGCAGCAUGCUUCAACAUUUUUAUUUUCAUUAUGUUUGAACUCACAUGCUGUGCUGCUUCUCGUGAGAACGCAAGAGUUUCUGAUCUGGUCAGGCUACAGCUGGCACCAAGCUCUACAUGGCUUCCAGCAACUUCCUUUGGAGCGCCGAUUGGGCUGGGCUUGGGGACUCCCACGGACCCCUUUGCCUUUGAGAUCCUUGCAGGACGGUCUGAAACCCGAUGUCGUGGCCCACGGAGCGGUCAGCAUCCUAGAUUCUCUAAACCGGUCGGGCUUCGCAAGCCGCAUCAUCGCCAGGCCCUCAGCGCAGCAGAGGCAGGGCGUAGAUGGAGAUCUGCGAUUUCGGCCUUGUGGGCUUGGAGUCAGAAGUUCUUGACCCUUUGA